AUGUUACUUAAAAUAGUAAUUGUAAUGCUGACAUCUUAUCAAUUGAAAUCAUCUAAAAUGUAUACAAAAGUAGAUGAAAUGAUUACCUUACUUAUAAAGUAUGGAUUACUAAGAAUUCCGAACAAAACAAGAAGACUUCUACACACCUCAGAUAUUCAAAUAUAUGAAACCAAGGUUUUCUCUCAAGAAUACUAUGAAAAAGAAGUUACCAACUUGAUGAAAUAUAAUGAAUCGUAUUGA